UCGGAACCCAAAAAUCAAGCCCGAGAAGACGACGAUGAUGAGUGACUGCGCCAUGAUCCCUCUUUUCCGUAACAACAAAAGAAACAAGCUGCCUCCCCAGAGAAGAAACAAGCGCACCAAAGUGCUCUCUUUCUCUACGCCUCGGCAUGACAACAGCAUUACCGUGUCGGGUAAUGGCCAGUGUGUGCGUCUUUACAGCGGUAAGCUUGGUUCCAAUGACGUCCUGGUGGGCAGCAUUCGUAUAGGCGGUGUUCAUUUGAAGUCGCAUCAUCCUGGCAACAGACGCUAUCUGUCGAUUCUCUGUCAGCAUUACCCCACCUUUGUCCAAGCGACGGGAGAUAACAAUCGACGUAACGCCAUUGUCCAUCUCAUCCUCCAACAAGUCGUCCAAACUUCGUCUCCUCCCGCACGAUUCAUGGAGCGACGAGUUGGUCCACAUCAGUGGAUUGGCAUGAACUCAGAGGACGUCGUCAAGAUGAUUCUACACGAUCUUCGUCAUCACAUUUACGUGCCGACCAUCAUGAUCAACGAACAGGCACCACCAUCAGCACCACAAGAACAAGAAGAUACUACACUCGCAAUCGUGCAAGUGUCUACCCAACAAGGCCGUCACACCGUGAAUUCGUCGUCCACCCGCAAGCAGCAGCUGCCAACACGACGAAACAGCAACAAGUCCAAGAAACAGACCGCGGCGCGAUUGGUGUCCCCCCCUGCUACAACUACAAUCGCUACUACCGAUACUACCGAUUCGGCGUCGAGUCCCGCGGCUCCCGUAGCGGAUUAUUUCAAACUCCCCGCCAUGGCCGAGGAACGUUCGAGAUUGUCGGAUUACAACCAGAAUUUGCUCGGUUGCAUGGAACUCUUCGAGGCGACUCCAGGCGACCUAGCUGCCUCUCGCAACCGACACGUCGGUGAUUUGGGACUUCGUUGUCGUCAUUGUGCAGCCGCGGGUGUCACACCAACAGCACCCUACUCCAGCAGCUUUCCGGGACGAUUGGCUGUCAUGGAGUUCAACUUUUUCUUGAUUGCUGCCAAGCACUUUGUCGGAGGAAUUUGUCAAGCCAUUUCCCCCGAGCUUCGCAGUUCCAUUCUCACGGCGAAACGCUGUAGUCAAUCGCAAACCAAAGCACGGGGUGGAACCGGCGUUCAGACUUACUUUUAUCAAAUGGCGCGAUUGACGGGCCUUCAGAAUUCGAGCCGUGGUGGCAUCAUUCGUCGUCCUCUCCGUACGGUGAAGAAUCCAGGCCCGUCCAUCAGCGGGAUGGUGGCGAAUGCAGCGGCCGAUCGGAUCUUGCUCGAUGCUCAAACGGCGAUUACGUUCACCGGUUCACGUCGUCAGGAGACUACUGCUACCACCGGAACUUCUACUGCAUUGAUUUCUCCGAUGGCGGAUAGUAAUGACUGCAAGCAAGUCAACGAUGCAUCCGGUGAAUCUAUCAAGAUUGCCGCCUAAACCAACUAUUCAACCAACUUGCUUGCUAGCUGCGCAACGAUGGCUGCACUGUCGUGGGGAGGAAUUGAACCACUCCCCGGAACCGUGUACACUUCGAUGACUGUCCCGCUUGUGUUUUUGGAAUGAAUUGAAUCAUUGAAUCUACCCCGUCGAUUGGGUUGCUGUACAUUUUGGACUGACCGCAUUUUUUUUGCUUUGACCGCCGCAUCCAAUCUGCUGUAACAACACCUAGCAUUAACCACUUGCCAUGUGGUCUACUACUAAUAAAGCUACCGGUACCGUAGCAAUGAAUGCAGUCAACUAGUCUGUAGGAGAAGUCCCCAGGUAUCGCUGCCUCACUACAAAGAGCUAUUCAUAGGUAUGACAUGUCGACAGCACACCGUACAUGCACCAUGGCAAUGUGUGACUCAGAAGCCUGCGUACCACAGUGUCCGUACCAGGUACCGCUCUAUUUUAGAAUACUACUGGUACUCCGGUGCUGUACCGGUACCGGUA